CAUACAUGGUGGGAAAUGAACGUCACUGAAGAGAAUUGUUCUUCUUUAUGAGCGUUUUCGUUUAUUAUCUUUUUUUUUUCUAAAAAGAAAAAGAAAAAGAUUUUUUUUAUUAUCUUCGAUGGCAGAUCUUCGUUCCUUUUCUACUACCGAGUCCGGAGAGGGAGUUUUGGCCCGGGAAGUCUUUGAGAAGGCGCUCGCAGCAUUCUCGACGGCACUCUCCGUCGAGAGAACCGACCGGGUAUCUAUUACAGAUGCGAACCAUGGGAAUCUUCAAUCCGUCCUCCAAGCAGUCCUAGAUGCCAAAAUCCAUUAUGAAGCACGUAAGGGAGAUUCGGAGGUUCGAAAGGUACUUGUUGAGAUAUCAGAGAAGAUCCAUUUUUACAGCGGAAUAAUGGAUGUUUUGGUAUCCCAUCAUCCCGAAUACGUAGCCCUAGCUUGGGGUGCUAUGAAAUUCCUAUUUGUCGGUGUUACGAACCAUCAAAAAUUGAUCUGCAAGCUUUCUGCUGGAUUGAGCCAUAUUGCUAGCAUCUUACCCCGCGCAGAAAUUACCGUGAAGCUAUACCCACAUGCCAAAUAUGUCAUCGAAUCCAUAUACGCCCAGGUCAUGAAGUUCCUCAUGCUCGCGCUUGAAUGGUACCAGGAGAAAAGGUGGAAACACGCGAUCCAUGCCGUCACGAGGCCCUUCGAAUUACGAUUCAACGAUAUACUGGAGAGCAUAACCGCGCUAUCCCGAGAAUUGAAUGAAAUUGCUAAUACUAGCAGCCACGCCGAGCAACGGGACAUACAUGCAACCACUCUAAAGGUAUACUGCAGACAGAGACAGUUAACUCGUGGGCAAAAAAGUCUGUCUCUUGGCCAAAAACAAUUGUUUCGUAGCCAGAAACAGCUACUCCGUGAGCACAAACAAGAUCAUGAAAUUUUACUCCAACUGCAAGCUUUAAUGUCGGCCGACAGAAACAUUGAAGCAGCUACAAGAGUUCGGCCUCCUCAGCCAUCUCCCGAGAUUCAAAUCGACCAGAUCCUAGCUCACUUUGCCUCGACGUCCCUCCCUGACCCAAUUAAGGCGUUUCGAGCAUCGCUGGCUCUCUCGAACAGACAUCGUCAGAGACCCUCGAAUGCGGGGCCAGCAUUCUGGCUUGAUGGCAAGAUUCAAGACUGGAAUAGUUUCCGUAGGUCAUCCCUGGUGAUGGUGAAAGGGACAGGGGGGUCGCGAUUUUACAUUAGGGACUUCUGUGCUCGAUCCAUCGCGAUUCUCCAAGAGGCCAAGAUCCCAGUCAUCUGGGCCCUGAAAACAAUGCUUCCGAACGGAGAGGCCACCGCAAGUGACGUGUCCACAGUCAGCCUUCUCAAAUAUCUUACUGCUCAGGCUAUUCACCUCAAUAACAGAACCCAAAACGACGAGACCUUGAGCUUGCGUCUUAGACCAUGCCAAACGGCGGAGACCGAAGACGAGUGGGCUAACAUACUCGCGUCAGUCCUCGAAGGUAUCCCGUUACUUUAUAUUAUAGUCGAUAUCGAAGUAUUAUGCCAAUCUGAGGACCUGCGGCGAUUCUGGCCAUCAAGGUUACUCAAGAUGUUGUCUGAUCUUUCGGGCCGAAAUAAUAAUACCGUUAUUAGAGUGGCCUUAGUAAGUUAUGGGUCGCCUCUCUUCAAUCAACAUCAGUGCUACCAAGAUCUUGUGGUGGUGGUGGUAAGAAAUUCGAGGCAAACCCGAGUUGUGCGAACACCGCGCCAAGAUGUUUCCAACUCCACUCCGAAUUCUCUUGAAUUAAGACUGUUAGCCAACGGGACCCGGACCCGUCAUCGUUUGCAGGAACCAACGCGACGAAAGCGACGGAAUAGGUGAAUCUUUAGCCUAUAUAUGCUUACCGGCGUCCAAAUACUUCAUAUUAUCUAGUUGAAAUAGCACUGGUGGUAUGGACCCCUAAGCACGAAUACUUGAUUGCAUUCAAACAACCCGAGAAGCAUUCUGCGAUGGAUAAUAAGCUCUAGCUUCGGAAAUUCUCUUUAGGAAUUGCAAAUGAGGAUACAAUUACGAAAGGUAAAGACAUUAAAGGAGUUGGGAGUCUGUUACUCAUAUACGUGUACAUUCAUAGGGGACGAAGGAUAGAGAGGGUAAAAUGUUCUAAAUUGUGAAUUUGGGGAGGUUGGUAACGCCCCACCCAUGACAUCACACCCGAAAGCCUGGCACCCUGGCCUUUGCUCUGUAACUUAACAUUCCAAGGUUCUAAUACCGCAAACUGGACAAUUCAUAGCACUCAAUUGCUUAUAACCUGCAUCUAGGUAUUUCUAAUUCAACGAGGGUCUAUCCUAAGCUUUCUCUCACAUCUAGGUCGUACUACCGUGCGCCAGUUCCAUAUAAUUGUUCACUGAGCUAAAUGCACUGCUUGAUGUCCCGACCGACGUCCGCCCGCCCGCUCGCCAAGUCUCAAGCCAAUUCGCUCGUAAAUUCCGAAGCACCUACUUAGCA